AAACGGCCCACUGGUGAGCCAAGAGUGGUGCCAUCACAGGCCACCCAGCAGAAUCUGCGUAUGCGGGGACAGCGGCGAGGAGCACAUGCCAGCUAUGCGACAAGGUGAAGAAGCCGUGCAUGGGACACAGGCCCAGUGCUGCAUUGCGUGCGCGUAUGCGGGGGAGGGGCGACACCGGGAUGGAGAGCCAGCAAUAAGCAGCCAAGACUGAAUGCUGCCUAGGCUAGCUCUGGUACCGCACCAGGAGCAUUUGGGCAGGCGGGGUGCUGCGCAUCAGCAGGGGAGGCGCUGGCCAAGGCUGUUCGCAAUUGCAGCCUGUAGCUGCCGAACCAGCUUGUGCUGGCAGAUUGUUCGGCUGUGGGCACUUUGCGUCGGGGGGAAUAUGGCCCUCGAUGCGCUGCAUGUGCGCCCCGUCCCCUCCACGCGUCCUCUCUCCCAUGCCCGCACAGGUCCUCCAGCCAGCGCUCGCCGAAUCGGCGCCCUUCCCCAUGUUCUCCACACAGCCCUAUUUCACCCAGGCCCACCUCUCCACACGCUGAAAUGUUCACACUAGAAGGGAUCCUCAAGACCCGGUAUGCCAGGCCCCCAACACAAUCCCGGCAAUUGAGACGA